AAGUUCUAAACGCCCAAAGGGCCCACAACAUAAAAUCAGACACGAUUAACUCCAGCUGCUGUCGACUGCCUCCCUUUGCUGCCGUGGAACUAGCCUGAAGCCUAAGGGAUCCCUAAUAGAAAUCUUGUUCGCGGCGUUUUGUUUCAGCUACUCAAUCACAUAUGAAAGCCAUAUACUGUGAUUUCAAGGAGGCGAAAGUUCAAUGAGAUUCGAUUGACAUAACUCAUGGAACAUGUGGGUCAAUCUAUUAUUCCCGGAUUGCCGGAUGACUUGGCUUUGAGAUGUUUGGCAAAGGUGUCCCAUGGAUACCAUGGAAUGCUUGAAACCGUCUCAAGAAGCUGGAGAGAUUUAAUCCGCAGCCCCCACUAUGCCAACUUUAAAGCUAGACAAGGAUGUUGUGGGGAUUGGCUAUUUGUUCUUACUGAAGGGUCGAGCAAUGAGUGGGUUGCCUAUGAUCCUGAGGCUGAUAGAUGGCAUCCUAUACCCAAGAUUCCAAUUGGUCAUGUUGACUGCCAACACGUUGGAUUUUCUUGUGUUAGUGUCUACAAUAUGUUUUUUGUGAUUGGUGGGUCUUAUGAGCCACAUAAUCCUGCAUUUCCCCAUCAAAGGCCUGUCAUAACAAAUGACGUUGUGCAUUUUGAUCCGUACAAGAAACAAUGGACUCGCAUGGCAAGUAUGCGAACACCACGAUCUCAUUUUGCGUGCAGUGUUGUUUCCGGUAAGGUUUAUGUAGCUGGAGGACGCAACUUAUCUUGCACCCGAGGGCUUGCUCUUGCCGAGGUUUAUGAUCCUAUGACGGACAAAUGGGAGGAACUGCCGCCACUGCCCAAUCCACAGAUGGACUGCUUAGGCUUAUCAUAUAAAGGCAAAUUCUAUAUUCUGAGUGACCAGGUGGGCCUGACUGACCAAAGAACUUUCGAGGUUUUUAGUCCAUUGAAUAGAACAUGGUGCAUGGUGGAUGAUUUAUGGCCUUUCUCGAGGGCAAUGCAAUUUGCAGUUCAGGUAAUAGGGGAUGAUCGUGUAUAUACUGUAGUCGAUUGGGGCGAUAGCUUCAUUAGAACAAGGGAUACUGAACAAGGAGAGUGGUAUGAUGUCGGCUCAGUUCCUCCUGUUGUUCUUUCUGGCCACUCCCGCCCAAUGGAGGCCUUUGGUUAUGGGUUUGCUGCAUUAAGGGAUGAAUUAUAUAUUUUAGGAGGGAAGGUUCUCAAGUGGGAAGAAUCAGGAGGUGGGAGGUUUGACAUUGUAAAGUUGGGUUUGGUAAGGGUUUGUAAUCCUUCUGUCACACCAUUAGGAUGGAGGGAAACUAGACCCCUAUGUGGAUCAGCAAGUGGAUCUAUUAUUGGAUGUGCAUCCUUGGAAGAAAAGUCUUCAUUUUCCUCAAAGGUUAUGUUUUGUUAGAGAAGGCAAAUAAAGACUCAUUUUCACUAUGGUGAAUGAAAAAUCUGGGGUUUGUAACCAUUUAUUGAGUCCAAUACUUGAGCAUAGUUAGCAGUACGAGUUGCUUCUCAAGACCUUGAACAACGAGUGCAAGAAACAAGGGCAAUGGAUUGGUACUGAGGUGAUUGAAAGAUUUAGCUAGAUUGGAAUCAUUGGAUGCAUGGUGUAUCUUUUGGACUGCAUGUAUCCAGAAUAGUGACUGUUAUCAGGCAGAGCAUUGGAGCAUAGUGAUAGUGCUCCCUCUCUUCUCGUAUUGUUUUCCUUUUCACUUGGUUAUAUCACAUUGCUUGUGUAGUUUUUAGGAUUUGCUGUCUUUUACUCGAUUGUUCUUAUAAUGUAGCAAGGGAUUAUUGAUUUGUGUAAUUCAAGGAUGUAGUUUGGUGCUC